AUGAAAUUACAAGUUUCUGGUGUACCGACAUGCACCAUGGUUAUAGAUCAUAGACAAAUGAUUGCAAGUCAAACAGAAAAGAAGAGAGAAAGAAAAGAGAAACUCUCUUAUUCACAUUUCAUUUUUAGUUCUUUUGAAGACUUUGGACAUGCAGGUUCAGAGAAAUUUAUUCUACAUGUUCCAAACUUUAGUAGUAGUUCAUUCAUUCGUGGUAAUAGUGGAGGUAUUAAACCAUCAUUUAAUAAUACGAAUAGCAGCAAUAAUACAAAAACAACAUCAACAGCAUCAACUACUCCAAUAACAAUCGAUAUUACAUAG